ACAGUAAAUCGAAACUGCCAGAAUAGGUCGAUAAGACGUUACUCGCCCUUGAAUGGCAUAACCUAUACCCGUUUUUGUUUACCAGACUAAAUCUACUACACCAAUCAGGCGAACUGACCUCGGAGAGGAUGGUAGAGAAAAGGGAGGGGGCAUAGCCUAGAGUCAGCAUUACAACAUCCCUGUAGCUGCGUCAACAUCAUUAUUAUUUAGAAUGACUGCAUCUUGGGAAAGCUGCUUAAUGUAAUUGCGCGAUAAAGGAUAAUAGGGAUAAGAAGCAAGAUACAAGAACAAUGGUGUACCUGAUGUGUGCGACUGAAUACGAGCCCGUAAAAAACGUCUAACGGGAGACGGUGUCACACAGGGAGGAGGGAAUGGUUGAAGGAGGAAGGGGAGGUAGAAAGAAGGCAACACAGGAACACCAUACAAACAGUGAAUAUAAAAAUUAGAAGACAGUGGGCAGCAAGAGAAGUGCUCCGGGUUACGAAGACAUAAAUGAAAACCAGAAACAAUCGAAAAAGCACAUUGGAAAUAAAGUAAAUUAAUAAAUAAAACGACGCGACCGUCAUCCGCAGGGAAUUUCCUUGCACCACCUGAACGUAACCGGGUCGGAGACUGGCACAGAGAGGGAGCAGGAGGCACGGGGACGGAGAGAAAGGACGGGAGUUUACCUAACUGUCGGUUUUGUGUCAAUGCGAGAUUUCUGUCUGGGAGGACUAGAAUCGAGAGUGCGGAGUGACAGUGCAGCAGCGGCCGCUUUGAAGAUUCGCACAUGUCGGCACGUUUGAAACCGCCAUCCCCACCCUGUGUGGACCGCUACUCUUGCUGAAACAGCAGAGCGGACGGAAUUUUAUAAUAAAAAUAAAUUAAAACGAAGAAGAGUGGUAAGCUACAAAGAAGAACUCGAGCAGACGAUGCUGGUGAAUUAGUUUAUUCAUAUUUUUGAUGGAAGAAACAAUUUACCAUAUUUUUAUGGGAUUACAUUGACUUUGCAACAUGAAAUAGCGGUAGGCCAGUUGACAUUUGCUACACGUCCAUUUAAUCUAUGCGAGGAACCGUUUAUUUAUAUCCUAUAUAUUUAAAUAAAUAGGCUACCAAAUUUAGGCCGGUGACUGACUGAUGACGCCAAUACGACAAAGCCUAUAGCCUAAUAGUAAUAAUACAUGUGUACCAUUAUCUCAGUAAGGAGAUUUAGAUAGCCUAUAUAUAAACUUAUGUCUCUGUCUGUGGGAUGUUUCUAUUUUAAAAUGCGCCCCGUUUUUUGGGUUUAUUUAAACGCACACAAAGGUUUAAACGUAUUUGAUAUCAUCUCCAUCUCUAUUUAAUUUUUAACCUACACAUCUACCGACUUCCCUCCGUUGAUUUCUUCCAUCUCGAUUCCAAUCCCCAUAUUCAUAUUAAGCUCUCUUGGAUUAUCCACUCGGACCAAAAGUGAGUUGAUUAGCUAAAUAAAAACCGAACCGACAGCCAGCCUGCAUCCACCCUUCACGGAACACCCCUCUGCUAAACAACACCACCGUAGCGAUGGAGACCACGAAACUGCCUCCAUCCAGCCCCUCGUCCCCGACCACCGGCUUCUCGGUGCCGAGUGCGGAGAAAGUGGACGGUUUCCCGCGACGGUCGAUGCGCCGUGCCCGGCAGCGUCGUUCUCACAGCUCCUCUCAGUUCCGUUAUCAGAGCUCACAAGUCGAGCUGACGCCACUGCCGUUGCUCAAAGACACCCCCGUGGCGGAGCUACACGACCUCUUCUGUAAGAAGCUGCAGCAGUGCUGCGUGCUCUUCGACUUCCUGGACUGCGUUGCUGACCUGAAGGGCAAGGAGAUCAAGAGAGCGGCCCUCAAUGAGCUGGUGGAGAGCGUGGCCACCAGCAGGGGCAUCCUCAUCGAGCCCCUGUACCCUGAGGCCAUCAAGAUGAUCUCAGUGAACAUCUUCCGCACGCUCCCGCCCAGUGAGAACCCGGAGUUCGACCCAGAGGAGGAUGAACCCACACUGGAGGCCUCCUGGCCACACCUCCAGCUGGUCUAUGAGUUCUUCCUGCGCUUCCUGGAGAGCCCAGACUUCCAGCCUUCAAUGGCCAAGCGUUACGUGGACCAGAAAUUUGUUUUACAGCUGCUGGAGCUGUUUGAUAGCGAGGACCCACGAGAGAGGGAGUACCUGAAGACCAUCCUGCACCGCGUCUACGGGAAGCUGCUGGGACUGCGUGCUUACAUCCGCAAACAGAUCAACAACAUCUUCCUCAGGUUCAUCUAUGAGACUGAGCAUUUCAAUGGAGUGGCUGAGCUGCUGGAGAUAUUGGGCAGCAUCAUCAAUGGAUUUGCUCUGCCUCUGAAAUCUGAGCACAAGCAGUUCCUGGUACGAGUGCUGAUCCCCCUCCACACUGCCAAGUCUCUCUCCAUCUUCCACGCACAGCUGGCGUACUGCGUGGUACAGUUUAUGGAGAAGGAUGCAACCGUCACGGAAUAUAUCAUACGAGGUUUGUUGAAGUACUGGCCCAAGACCUGCACCCAGAAAGAGGUGAUGUUCCUCGGGGAGAUAGAGGAGAUCCUGGAUGUGAUUGAACCCUCGCAGUUCAUCCGGAUCCAAGAACCGCUCUUCAAACAAAUCGCCGCUUGCAUCUCCAGCCCUCACUUCCAGGUUGCAGAGCGGGCUCUGUAUUUCUGGAAUAAUGAAUACAUUUUAAGUCUGAUUGAGGAGAACUGCCAGGUCAUCCUGCCUCUGGUGUUUGCCACCCUCUACAGAGUCUCCAAAGAGCACUGGAACCAGACGAUUGUGUCUCUCAUCUACAACGUACUGAAGACCUUCAUGGAGAUGAACAGCAAGCUCUUUGAUGAUCUCACUGCCUCCUAUAAGGUGGAGAAACAGAAGGAGCUGAAGAAGGAGAGGGAGAGGGCGGAGCUCUGGCGGGGGCUGGAUGAGCACCAGGAGAGGAGGCUGCAGAGUCUGCAGGAGGCCAGCCGUAAUCAGAGGAACCUGCAGGAGCGACCGAGUCCAACUCAGCCCGACCCAGAACUCAGCAGCGCCGCCACCACCUAGAACACCCCAGACUGCGACACGGAAACUCCCCCUCAAACACUCCCGCAUCACAGAGCUCAGAUACAGGCCCUGAGCCAGCCACAGCACAAUACACACGCACGCAGUAUGCAGACACACACAGCCAUGUGCGCAAGACUCUCGCACACAUACACGCACGCACGCACACGCACACACACACACCUACAUGCACGCACAUGCUCACACACACCCAUGCA